AUGCCGCCAAAACCGUCCUUAGUACGAUCUAGCGGCGGCCCCCUCCGCGCCGUGGCAUUGAGUCGCCAUGCCGCCGCGAAGAGGCAAGUCUGCGCGAUUUGCUCCAUGUCCGGCACCAGAAGGGCGAGAAACCACGCGCCGUCGCCGAUACGACCGACCCUCCUCAUCGACCGACGACAGAGCCUGUCCACGGCGCCGGCGGCGAGCAACGUGCGUGCGGAGCUUGAGCAGGCGCUCGUGCAGCUGCAGGACCAGGCGCCACGUCUGGUCAACCUCUCCCGGCUGCAGCUGGCGCUUCAAGGUCUGCGACAGGCACCCGGCGAGGAGGCUGUCCGGGUAGCCAUUCUAGGGCUCGCUGACGGAUAUGGAUCGAGUGCCGGAUUGACGUCCAAACGCUUGCUGCGGGCGAUCCUGAGCGAUCCGCUCCAGGACGAGCAGGCCUGGGAGAAGCAGCUCGAGGGCUACGACUUGACGAAGCCCCUCGUCAUUAAGAUCAGCACCAGUCCACACCUAGACAAAGCUGCCAUCGACAUGGGCAAGGUGGAUACGAUUCAGCGACUACACAUUUCAUCACCUGGCUACAAUUCACUGGGCCUCGAGUUCCUGCUGAUCGAUGUAGAAGCUUCUGCUCUUUCUGUCCUGCGACCAUCGAUUGAGCAUUUGGAAAACGCUGCGCUGGUGCCGUCAGUCGCCACUCGAGCUGCCGAUGGGCGCGUUUCGCAAACGCCCGCCCCAGUUCAUCAGGCACUGAUUGUGGCAGACGGCCUCAUGGGCGCGGUUAGUCUGGCAUCCCUGCCCGCGUCCGAGAGUGGCGGAGCCAUUACCACAGCCGUCGAUAUGAAAGGCCUUGCUGGAGCAGAGCUGGACGCCGCCUUCACCGUCAUCGACCUGGCCCAAGCUGAAGAAGGUGUCCGCCUCUUCCGCGAUGGCCCCCAGAACGCCAUGCAGUACGAGCGUCUCUGGUUUGCCAGCAAGGUACCGUCCCUCACGACAUGGCUCAAAGCCGGUCUCAAGACUGAGGAUGCUGCGACGAAACCGGCCGUCAAGCAGCUACUCGCCUCUCUUCUCGAGAGCGCUCAAUCGGCCAUCCAGGCCGAAGAGUCCGUCAUUGUCGCCAAGACGCUGGCUUCCAAGACCCCCUUAGACGACGCCGCUGGCCUCCACAAGGGCCUCGCCGAGUGGGCGCGGCAAGCCCACAGCGAGCUUCAGGACGAGCUCGACCUCGCCUUCACCGGACGGCGCUGGCGCAAGCUUGGCUGGUGGAAGCUUUUCUGGCGCGUCGACGACGUGGGUAUGCUCACCGGCGACAUCCUGAAUCAGCGGUUCCUCCCCACCGCCGAGCGCGAGCUCGUCUACCUGACCGGCCGCAUCGCGGCAUUGCGUAUUGGCGCGCCGCCUCGGUACCCGCAGCCCGUCUCGGAGCUCUCGGACUCACCAGCGGCCGCGGGCUCCGCCGCCGCCGCGCCGCCGCCCAAGUGGCCCGGCCACAUCGCCUUUACCCGCCGCUACCUGCAAGACGAGACCGUGCCCGCGCUGCAGGCGCUCGCCCAGCGGCUGCUGGUACAGUCGCUUGGGACAUCGUCGGCCGCUGCCGCGCUGGCGGGCACGCUCUACGCCUCGUCGUUGGUCGCGGGCGUGUACGAGGCGGGCGCGGUCGCCGCGCUCGGUGUCGUCUACGCACUCGGCCGCAUGCAGAGGAAGUGGGAGGCGGCCCGCCGGUUCUGGGAAGGCGACGUGCGCGAGGAGGGUCGCAAGGCGGUGCGUGCCGUGGAGCAGAGCGUCUCGGAGGCGCUGGUCGCAAAAGAUUGUGUGUCCCCGGCACAGGCGGAGGAGCUGCAAAAAGCCAAGGGGCUUGUGUCCACGGCGACGGAACUCCUUUCUCGCUUGAAGUGA